AUGGGGCUGGUCGUUGAUGAGGACGACAUAAAUGACCUUCUCGAGGAGCACCAAGAGGAGCUUACGACGGAUGACCUGAAGGAGUUGGAGGCCAUGCAACAUAACGUCAUUCAAGAAGAGUUCUCUAGCAGUGGCGAGGAGGAGGAGGAGGACUCUAUGACAACGGCAGCAAUUAAGGAUGCUUUAGCUUCUUUUCAUAAAGUGCAAUCAUUUGUAGAAAAGAGACACCGUGAAAAGGCUUACACAGGUCAUUUGCUUGCGCAGUUCAAUGAAGUUGGCCCGAGUCGCUUCAGGAACAUUGUGAAAAGCAGGGAAACAAUGGGUAUGAAAUUGCUGCGUAAACUAGGCUGGAAGCCUGGGCAAGGUAUUGGACCAAGAGUUAAACUUCAUCAAAAGAAAUUGGCACAGGUCGAGACAAAGAGGAUAUAUGGCUGUCAGUUCCCUCAAGACAUGAAAGGGAGAAGUGAUGAUGAAGAAAUGGAGGAAGAGGAUUGUGAUCCUGAUGUAACAUUUGCUCCGGACGAUGUUGAGACAACAUAUCUCACAAAUCCAAAGUCAGAUCAGUUUGGUCUAGGUUAUAAACCCUUGGAUAGGACACCUGUACUUGGCGGCCACAUAAACCUGUUUGAUCCGUCACCUCUUUUCUAUGAGAGAAAAAAAAGAAAAAAGUCCUCUCAUUCAAGGGCAUUUGGUGUUGGUGCGUUUGAAGACGAAGAUGAGGAUAUUUAUGCACAGGAUGAUAUGAGCAAUUAUGAUUUUGGGGAAGAAAAAGUAGGAGCCAAAAGUAAACAACAACCAUCAAAGUCUCACAUGGUUUGAGCUAAAAGACAGUGAAAAACAAGGUCUUGGAAGGCAUGAGUUGACUGCUGAGCAUCGGGCCAGAAUCAUUGGUGAAACAUCUCACACUACUGUUGAGAUUAGAUCUGGUGUAAAAGGGCAGUCUGGAGACUAUGUUCAGAAAUCUAAGCAGAAGGUCGAGGAUAAUUCAGAAGUUGAGAAAUUAUUUGAAGAAUUUAAAAGUUCUGGUGGAAGCCUCAGGUCCGAUUUUAAACCUUUUGCCAAGAAUGAAGAGAAGCAGCGAAGAUAUGAGCUUUUUCUUAAAAUGAAAGACAAAGGACAGAAAGACCGUUAUUAUUUAGCUCAACCCAAAAGUAUGACAGAAUGGGAGAAAGCUAGAGAAUUACAGGAGUUUACUAGAGCAGCAAAACUUUUCCAGCCUUUAACCUCAGUAAUGGCUACCAGAUUCAUAUCGGCUGUAGUUGAAGAUAAAGGACCAUUGCUUAAAGAUGGACUUAAUGAAGAUAUUCCCAAGCCUUUGGAAGACUCCUCAGCAUCAGGAACUGAUGUGCUAAGUCAUGAUGUGGCGGAUGAUCGUGUUAAAGCCGCCCGAAUUAACAUGUUUGGCAAACUUACACAAAAUGUUGUCGACUGGCACCCAGAUCGUCUUUUGUGCAAGAGGUUUAAUAUUCCAGACCCUUAUCCAGAUUCGUCUUUUGUUGGUGUGAGGAAGACCAAGAGAGACAAGUUUUCUCUUUUUUCAUUUUUGGAGGCACCUUCAGAAAAUGCUUGGAAUCGCCAGGAUAAAUCCUCAGGCACACCAUCAGAUUCACCAAAAAUAGAAAAGUCUCAAGAUAAAAGUUUUCAGGAUGUAAAUCUUGAGGAAACUUCAGAAACAUAUGGACUUAAGGUUCCUCUAGAUGGGCCACCAACAAUGGACCUCUUCAAGGCAAUAUUCCAGGAUUCAGAUACAGAUUCAGAGAGCGAAGAGGAGAACUCUGAAGACAAAAGUAAGGAAACUGAAAAGGAAAAGAAAAGCCCUAACAUGGAACGCUCAUCCUCUGAAAAUGAAGAAGUCUUAGUUUUACCAAGAGAUAAGAGGAAAUCUUCAGAGACAAGUGAAGAUGAUCAGAGCAAUUUCAAUAUUACAAAUUCUUUAGAUAAUUUCUUGUCUGACAUGAGGAAGGGUAGAAUAAGCAAUAUAGAGCCGGUGUCUGCUACAGCUCAAGAGAAAAAGAGAGUCAGUAGAUUUGAGCCAGAGAGAGAUGAGUCUGGAAGUAUGUCAGAAAACAUUCCCAAGCCUGUUUUCAUGCCACGUAAAAAUGUGCAUCCAGCAGCAGAUGCACCUGCUAAAGGUAUAUUUGCUAAUAUAGAUUUUGACCUCCUUAAUAGUUACAGAAAUUCAGUUCCAUGUGAUAAAGGUAGUGAAAAUUCCACUCAAAAUAGUGAAUUAAAAACAAAAAGUGAUGAACUUGGUAAUAAUAGCCAGAAGUACAGUAGUGAUUCAUCUGCCGAUUCUGAAGAUGAAUAUGGACCACCUGUACCUCUUCAUCUUAAGAACAGACAACAGGUGAUCAGGUCUACACCAUUUUCUGUUAGUCAGUUAAAGGCAAGUCAGGAUUCUGACUCUGAGGGAGAGGAUCAGUGGGUUGUGAAAAAAGAUAAAAAGAUUCACAAGAAACAUCGACAUGAGGAUAAACAUAAGAGAAGAAAAGAAAAGAAAAAGAAAAAGCAUAAAGAGCAAAGACACAAGAGAAAAUCAUCCAAAAAGCAUAAAAGAAAGACCAGUAAUAGUAGUAGUCCAUCUGAUUCAUCAGAUAACUGAUAUCUUGUAAAUAUCUGUUAUUGAUUAUAAAUUUACUUUUUA